GCGGAGCGGCGGCAGAGCCGGAGCGGUAUGUGGGCGCUCGGACGCCGCGCUGCAGUGGGUCUGCUGCCACGGGCGGCGUCCGGGGCCUCGGCCUCGGUCGGGAUCCCGCGCGGGAGGGAGCCGAUCGGAGCGUGCGGCCACCGAGGCCUGCAGGUCACAACCAACGCGGCCUCCGCCGGCCGCCACUCGAGUCUGAGCCCCCACUACCUCGAUCAGAUUCUGAACAUCAAGAAGCAGAGUGUCUGUGUGGUACAUCUGAGGAACUCGGGAACUUUGGACAACACAGGCUCUCUAGACGAGACAGCUUAUGAAAGACUUGCAGAAGAGACACUGGACGCCCUGGCAGAGUUCUUUGAAGACUUGGCAGACAAGCCCUAUACCCUGAAGGACUACGAUGUCUCCUUUGGGGGCGGCGUGCUAACCGUUAAGCUGGGUGGGGAUCUAGGGACCUACGUGAUCAAUAAGCAGACCCCAAACAAGCAGAUCUGGUUAUCGUCUCCCUCCAGUGGCCCCAAGCGCUAUGACUGGACGGGGAAGAACUGGGUGUACUCCCAUGACGGCAUGUCCCUGCAUGAGCUGCUGGCCAGGGAGCUGACGGAAGCCUUCAACACCAAACUGGACUUGUCUUCCUUGGCCUACUCUGGAAAAGCCUCUUGAGCACCUGCCAGAUCCAAAGACAUUAAAGCUCUCGGGCCAGGACCCCAGCUUCCUUCUGUGGCUGAGUGCCUGGUGUCCGUGCCUGCUUCUGAGGACAGUCACACUGUGUGUGACAGAUCUGUGAAAAAAAGUGUGUUACCUCCCACCCUGUCCCCAGAUCUGGCUCUUCCUUUCUACAGAGGUUUGUUAGGAUGGACUCGUUUCUCCCCGUGCGGCCCCAGGUCUGUUAGAAUGCCUUACACCAUGUGUGCACGAGCCUCGGGAAAAGGGCUGCUAGGGUGAGCAAGCAAGUUGUCCCCACUCUCCAGUUCUUUGAAGGGUUCAUUGUAAAAGCUUCGUGAAGAGCCAUAGGCCCACCCGCCUUUGUGUCUGAAAUGACAUUGUAAGGAGUAGCUUCCAAUUGUCACUCCAAGUGUGUACAUUUCAGAGCCUUUUAUCAGCUACAUGUCUAAAGGAACCAUCUUAAAACACCCGUUUGUGCUCUGCGGCCUAUACUGGGCACCAGGACCUGUGCUCUGUGGCCUAUACUGGGCACCCAGGACCUGUGCUCUGUGGCCUAUACUGGGCACCCAGGACCUGUGCUCUGUGGCCUAUACUGGACACCCAGGACCUGUGCUUUGUGGCCUAUACUGGACACCCAGGACCUGUGCUUUGUGGCCUAUACUGGACACCAGGACCUGUGCUCUGUGGCCUAUACUGGGCACCCAGGACCUGUGCUCUGUAGCCUAUGCUGGACACCCAGGACCUGUGCUUUGUGGUCUAUACUGGACACCAGGACCUGUGCAUUGUGGCCUAUACUGGGCACCCAGGACCUGUGCUCUGUCACCUAUACUGGACAUCCAGGACCCACGUGUUAUGUCUUUAUGUUUCAUAGACAAGGGUCAUUACAGAGUCAGCAGCUACAACAUGGACCUGAGAUGUCUUUUUAAAAAUUGAAAAUUGGACUAGAGGGCUCACUUAGUCCACAAAGUACUUACACACAAACAUGAAGACUCAGGUUUGAUCCUGGGAACCCACAUUAAAAAA